UUCUUUCUAUUCGACCAUUAAAUCUUGUACUGUUUCUACACUGACUUGUUUCCUAGUUUCACGGCCAACCUCUCCAUAUUAUUAUUCUUUCCUCCUUUUCAUUAAUAAUUCGAGGUGGUUUUUUCUUAAAUUUGAUACAGUCUUCUUCUUUAUAUUUUUUAAUAAUAUUCGCAACUGUGCUCUUCUCCAUUAUUAACAAUUGUGCGAUUUCACGAUAAUUUUUACCUUUUUCUUUAUGAUAAAUAACAAGAUGUCUUUUAUCGAAACUACUAUUCUGUCCUUUAUGUGGCAUGUUAGAAUUCAGACACUAAUACUUCUCAAUAUAGCUUUGUACUGAGAUAGAAUUAUAUUGUAGCGGUUUGUAUGUAAACAAAUCUAUUUUGGACUUGGAAUGGUUUUUAAGAACUACUAAAAUACAGAACAUACCAUAGUGUACAAACAUUAAUGUGACGUGAAAAUGUGACAACUUUUUGUUUAAAAUGUGUUUACGAUUAAAUGUUAUUGUUAGAAUGGAAUUGUUUAUAUAUUUUCAAUCUACAAUAAAUGAUUUAUCUUUAGUAAAAUAGACAAUAUAAUAUUUAAAUUAUUGUCUUACAAACAGCAAUUACAAAUAAAUACGCAAAUUAAAGAGUAACGAUAGUUAUCACUGAUAAAUAAUCUGACAGACAUGAAAUGUUUACUUGAACAAAUUCUCUGUGUUCAUUGCUUCGGCUACUCUAUUUUACAAUUUGACUUUUCGAAAUUUUAAUAAACGUGGCGUACACGACACUCCAAUGAAUUAUCGAUGUAUACGUACCAAUCGAAUAUUUUACACUAUGUAUGUAUAAAAAAAGACAGUAUGAGAAGUUCAUCGUCGGAUGCGAUAAUGUUCAAGUAGUACACAAAAAAAUUUAUAUUACAUUGGGAGAAAAUAGUCUAACAAGGUUAUACUUUCCACAUAAUAGAAAAUUUCAAAGAUGACCGAAAAAUAUUCCGCCAUUGAGAGGGAAAUAUCGGAGAAAGAAAGUUCAAUUAAAAUUAGCAAUUCUGUUUUUCAGAGAUUAACGUCAGGUAUUGUCAAUGAAGAAAUCUGUACAACUGAUGAAAAAUGCUGGCUCGAUAAAUUAGUUGCUGUUGAUAAGGAUCAUACCAGAGAAGCUGGUUUACAUAUAAAUGAAAUUGAAAGACUUUUAAACGACAUUGAUACAUAUACACGCACAAAACCUCGACGCGGUUGUCCCGUUGAUUCUGUUAAAGUGUCAGAUUGUUUAAAAGCAAAUAAGGGAAAUACGUUAACUUGUGAAAUAGAAGUAGAAAGCUUUAAAAAGUGCAUCGAUAAAUCAUUGCAUGCUGCUGUUGAUAGAAAUAUGAAAGGUGUACGUAGAAGCAAGAAAGGAAGUUACUUAGAAGCAUUUGAAAGGAAAUAUCAGUUUUGAUUCUUUAAAAUAAAUAUAAAAACUUGAAUAUCACACAUCGUACGUACAAUAUUAUUAAGUUUACCAAGAAAU